AUGAAACUGGGAGAGAACGGUGUGGCGUUUUUCACGGAGCCAACUACAGCUGCUGAUGUUCCUGACUAUCUGGUCACAAGCCCUGUUCCGGGCAGUGGUACUGCAACCGUGGAUGGAAAGGAUCUCGCUGAAAGGAUAGAGAAAAUUCGGAACGAGUUGUCACGUUCGGGCAACAAAAGGGCUUUGUCGGAAUGCUCCAGUUCACGUUCGCCAUCUCCGCAAUCACGUGGACUGGGCAGCAAGCAUAGAAAAUCGCUUCCUUUUAAAGCGUCGCUAUUCAGCCAACGUCGAAAUCGGUCGCUGCCCAAUUUGACUGAACUUAUCGAUGAACAGGGACAGGAGCGCAACAAAACUGGCACCAAAACAGAUGGGGCGCUCAUGCAUUCUCACUCAGUGGUUGGAAGGCGCAGCUUAUCGCCAUCGGCAGGCGCAUCGCGCAAGAAGCGUCCGAAUGAAAUGAGCAAGGCCACAGCACGAAAAAUGUCCAUCUCAACAAACGAGGAAAGCGAUGCAGAUGAUGCGGCAUCAACGUUGUCCGCUGACAGUGGCGCCUCGGAGCACGAUCACCUGAAAGUACCUGGGCCUGCAAUUGCUGAUGGAGCACUAUCGGAUUCUGAAAUAGACCGACAUCGAGAUGCCCCAGAGCCGCAUAAAAGUGAUGUGAUGGUAUGGAAGUGGGGUGAGCUUCCACGAACACGUGAAGAAACGGAAAAGGCCAAGGAAGAGCAAACGAACAGCGCAAAAGCGGAGGAGAAGAAGACGCAGUCCUCAUGGGGUGGGUGGUUUCGUUGGCCACGUGCUAAGCCAGUGGAGGACCAGGACCAAGGUGUUUAUCUGGAUGACCUUGUUCAGGAUGUCAGCGAUCCCAGUAAAAUUGUGAAAUAUAUUGGAAUGUCAUCGCCUACUGCCUGUCCGUCACCGCCAUACGACAGUGGAAAUGGUUCAGUCACGGGGCCGAAUUCUCCUUCAAAAAGCAGUGAUAAUGAAACUGAAGGAAACGGCGAAUCGCACCGACAGCAGCAUGCGUCGGUUGCAUCAGUGCCUACUGGCAAGAAAGCUACGAGCGUAAUUAAUAUUCCGGAGAGUCAGCUUCCUACCGCCACUACCGGAACGCUUGAUUCACAGCCGACAGCUUCAAAUUUGGAUAAAGCGGUCAAAAGAGAACGCGAGCGUAAUACAUCACCGCACAGCGACAGCUUUGCAGUGAGUGACGAGGAAAUUGAAACUUCGCCUACACAGUCAUCAAGCGAUGUGCACACUGCCAUAGAAUUUCCGAAAUAUAUUCGCUCGUUGCGUCUUUCAAGCGAGAAACUGAAGAAACUGGGUUUGCGAAAAGGUGCUAAUGAGGCACGGUUUUCAAUAACCACGAAAUUUCAGGGUACCACGUGGUGUAGCUGCCAUAUCUACUUGUAUAAAUGGACUGAACGUUUAGUAAUUUCGGAUAUUGAUGGCACUAUAACAAAAAGUGAUGUGUUGGGUCAUGUUAUACCAGCUAUUGGAGGACAGUGGGCUCAUGCAGGAGUUGCUGAAUUGUACACCAGAAUUAAGGAGAACGGGUACCUAAAUUUUUUGCUUGAUGAAGACAUCGGAAGCGAGAGUAAAGAUGAUCGUUUCAAAUCAUGCACUGAACUUUUCAGUUAUCAGUUGGUUUAUUUAUCAUCCCGAGCGAUCGGUCAGAGCUAUUAUACGAAGAAAUACUUGCAAAGUAUUGCGCAGAAUGCGAAAUUUUUACCAGAUGGACCUUUAUUUUUGUCUCCUACUUCUGUUCUUAUGGCAUUUAGAAGAGAAGUCAUCGACCGAAAACCGGAGGAAUUCAAAAUAGCUGCCUUAACAGAUCUUAAGGAAUGUUUUCCGGUGAAGAGACCCUUUUAUGCCGGAUUUGGGAAUCGCGAAACAGAUGUGGUGAGUUAUCGAGCGGUGGAUAUUCCUCCUGAUAGAAUACUGAUUAUCGACAAGCAGGGUCGUGUUAGACGUGCUGAUUCCAUUGGCUUUGAAACGUCAUUUAUGUCGUUGGCGAUGGAAACCGUCGACUACAUAUUUCCGCCACUCAUCCGUCGACGAAGUGUCCGGGAAGGCAAAGAUGUACCAAAGAAAAAUUCGUACGUGCUGGAACCUUCGUUUUAUAAGGCGCAUGCAUACAGUGAUUUCACACACUGGCAGUCGAAACCAGGGCAGGCAAUUCAGUUGGAUGAUUCCACACUGGAGCGGUAUGAAGCAAAGAGAAAAAGUCUUCGUUCCAAACGGAAAAAGACUUGA